UGGGAGCGGGCACCUGUCAAAUUUGGGUACCCGCUCCCACUUCUGGUCCGAACGCCUAGGCGAUCAGAAGCGGAAGGUGUCCUCCCUCCCUGUAGUCUUUUGGGACAUGUGACAGGUCCCAGAAGACUACAGGACCAUUCAUGAAGUGCAGCGCUACUCGCGCAUGUGCAGUGAGUACCCGGCUGUGAAGCCGCAAGCAGUCACACCCGGGUGCCCACACUGAAGAUGCCGGCCUCCUGGAAUACAGGACAAUCGGUGAAAUGGGCUGCAGGGGACACACCGCGG